CCGCUGGCCAGCCAGCCAGUGGAGUAGAGACUAACUGAGAGAGGGGAAGGCAGGAAAAAGGGGGCUGCGACAAAUUCAUCCUCACUUCCAGAAAUCGGUGGCACCCUUGCUGAAAAUCAAAUCAGCUGGAAGCCUACAGAAACAGCAAGAAAGCAGAUAUAUACAUUAAGCGCCACAAACUCAACUCUCCUCUCCUCUAUUUUCUUUUCUUCCCUCUCUCUCUCUCUCUACCUCACCCCCUCUCUCUCUUCCAGUCCCCAAAUUCCUGGUCUCCAUGCUCCAUUGUAGGGAUACCAUGCUGUUCUUGGCUCUCCUGGUAAAGGUGACUUGGAUCCUGGCUGCAGAAGGCGGUCACCACUGGACAUAUGAAGGCCCACAUGGUCAGGACCACUGGCCAGCCUCCUACCCUGAGUGCGGAAGCGAUGCUCAGUCUCCCAUCGACAUCCAGACGGUCAGUGUGACGUUUGACCCCGAGCUGCCGGCUCUGCAGCCCCAUGGGUAUGACCAGCCGGGCACUGAGCCUUUGGAUCUACUCAACAACGGCCACACAGUACAGCUCUCUCUGCCUCCUACCCUGUACCUGGGUGGACUGGCCCAGAAAUAUGUAGCUGCCCAGCUCCACCUGCACUGGGGUCAGAAAGGGUCCCCCGGGGGAUCAGAGCACCAGAUCGACAGUGAAACCACAGCUGCAGAGCUCCACAUUGUACAUUAUGACUCAGAGUCUUAUGACAGUUUGAGUAACGCUGCUCAGAGGCCUCAGGGUCUGGCUGUCCUGGGUGUCCUAAUUGAGGUGGGUGAGAAUGAGAAUCCAGCUUACGAACAUAUUCUCAGUCAUUUGCAUGAAAUAAAACAUAAAGAUCAGAAGACCUCAGUGCCUCCCUUCAACGUGAGAGGACUGCUUCCCCAACAGCUGGAACAGUUCUUCCGUUACAAUGGCUCCCUCACAACACCCCCCUGCUACCAAAGUGUGCUCUGGACAGUUUUCAAUCAAAGAGCCCAGAUUUCAAAGGGACAGCUGGAAAAGCUUCAGGAAACACUGUUUGCCACGGAAGAGGAACCAUCUGAACCCCUGGUACAGAACCACCGGGCCCCGCAGCCUCUCAACCAGAGGACGGUUUUUGCUUCCUUCAUGCAAGCGGGACCCUUGUAUACUACAGGAGAAAUGCUGGGCCUAGGUGUGGGAAUCGUGGUUGGCUGUCUCUGCCUUCUGUUGGCCAUUUACUUCAUAGCUAGAAAGAUUCGGAAGAAGAGGCUGGGAAACCGGAAGAGUGUGGUCUUUACUUCAGCCAGAGCCACCACAGAGGCAUGAACUCUCUCUCUCAGACACCAUGGAUGCCUUCUCCUCAUUCCCACCAGGGAGCCUCUACAAGGGGGUGCAGGAAUGGGUUAGAAAACAGAGCUAGUAGCAGUAGGCAGAUAGAUCCCUAAACUUCUGGACGUGUCCCCAGGGGAGCAAGGUCCCAGGCCUCUUUCUUCAAGGAGGAACUGGGCCCUCUGCCUCUAUAAGCAUGUGGAGGGUCAGGAGAGCCGUUUUAGUGCAGACAGCAAGCUAGGUUUAGUUUUAAGGGAAAUUGGGGGUGUCCCCCACCCCACACCUUCACAUCCCUCCUCUAGAUAGACUCCCGGAUUUCCCCUUAGGAAAAGGGGCUGCUGCUGGAAUUAUAUUUUUCUGCUGAAUAUAUAUUUGGAAAUUAAAGUUUCUGACCUUAA